GUCGGCGCCCAGAGGGAGGUGUCAGAGUUCAGGGAAAGACUGAAUGCAGCUUUGGAGGCGGACCUUAGCGGAGAAUGCAUGGUGGGACUUGGGAAACUCAGAGGAACUUAGCAGACUGUCCUAAUCAGAACAGCUUACCUGCUGAGCACUCGUUGCGCCCCUGCCUACGUACGUAAGCUCCCAGUAUGCAUUGCCAGUUUUGCCUAAUGCUCACCUCCACUGCAUGAGAGAUAGCCUCCACUUGCCACUGCCCUCGCACCACGCCACCAUGGAUGAUGCCCCACUGCCAGUGCCCCCGGUCCCUGCCCCGGCCCCGGCCCCAGCACCUCCUGCUGCCGCUCCCCGGGUCCCAUUUCACUGCAGUGAGUGUGGGAAGAGCUUCCGCUACCGCUCGGACCUUCGGCGCCACUUCGCCCGGCACACUGCACUCAAACCCCACGCAUGUCCACGCUGUGGCAAGGGCUUCAAACACAGCUUCAACCUGGCCAACCACCUACGUUCGCACACCGGCGAACGGCCCUACCGCUGCUCUGCCUGCCCUAAAGGGUUCCGAGACUCCACCGGCCUUCUGCACCACCAGGUCGUACACACUGGUGAGAAGCCCUACUGCUGCCUGGUCUGCGAGCUCCGCUUCUCCUCACGCUCCAGCCUGGGCCGCCAUCUCAAGCGCCAGCACCGCGGGGUGCUCCCGUCCCCGCUACAAACCGGUCCAGGCCUGCCAGCCUUGAGCGCGCCCUGCUCCGUCUGCUGCAAUGUGGGGCCCUGCUCUGUGUGCCGGGGCUCAGGGGCCGGGGGCGGAGAGGGUCCAGAGGGGGCGGGCGCGGGCCCGGGCAGCUGGGGGCUGGCGGAGGCCGCUGCUGCCGCCGCCGCCUCACUGCCCCCAUUUGCAUGUGGUGCCUGUGCGCGGCGCUUUGACCAUGGCCGCGAGCUGGCGGCCCACUGGGCCGCACACACCGACGUAAAGCCCUUCAAGUGCCCGCGCUGCGAGCGCGACUUCAACGCCCCCGCACUGCUGGAGCGGCACAAGCUGACGCACGACCUGCAGGGCCCCAGCGCGCCCCCUGUGCAGGCCUGGGCCUCGGGGGCCAGCGCUGGGCCCGACCUGGUGGGCGAGAGUGGCGGCCCUGCGGAGGCGGGCCCUGCGCAACCAGCCUGGGACGGCGGGCUGCUCCUGGGCAGCACUGGGGGUGGCGUGCCUGAGCUUGGGGGGCUGCUCCCCGAAGGCGGUGGGGAGGCCCCUGCCCCGGCGGCUGCAGCCGAGGCUUCGGAAGACACCCUAUACCAGUGCGACUGCGGGACCUUCUUCGCAUCAGCUGCGGCGCUAGCCAGCCACCUGGAGGCCCACUCGGGCCCCGCCACGUACGGCUGCGGCCACUGUGGGGCCCUGUAUGCGGCCCUAGCGGCCCUGGAGGAGCACCGGCGGGCCAGCCACGGCGAGGGUGGCGGCGCAGAGGCAGCCGCGGUGGCCCCCGAGGGGGAUCCCGGUCCCGGGGAGGCCGCAUCCGGCUCCGGCCGGGGCAAGAAGAUCUUUGGCUGCUCCGAGUGCGAGAAGCUGUUCCGCUCACCGCGCGACUUGGAGCGGCACGUGCUCGUGCAUACGGGUGAGAAGCCGUUCCCGUGCCUGGAGUGCGGCAAGUUCUUCCGCCACGAGUGCUACCUCAAGCGCCACCGGCUGCUGCACGGCACCGAGCGGCCCUUCCCCUGCCACAUCUGCGGCAAGGGCUUUAUCACACUCAGCAACCUCUCGCGGCACCUGAAGCUGCACCGGGGCAUGGACUGACCCCGCCAGGCCGCGCCUCCGCCUGACAGCCCCUCCCUAGGGGCUGGACGCAGGGGCCUGUGGUGAGCGACCCCAGCCGACCCCAGCUGUUAACACGGGGCCACCAGACACCCACGCAGACCCCUGAGCUAGGGGCAGCAAAUGAACAGGGAGAGACUCCACAGCUCCAGAGUCCAGGAUCUCAGAAGAAACUCCUGAGCUUGACACCCCUGGAGUAAAUGCUGGGCACCCCCAAAUCAACAGGCCUCCCCAAGCUAGGGGGGGCUAGCAAUGAGAAAUGGGUCUCUACAAGUAUUUCUCAUCUUGAGGACCCUACUAAUAAGAGAUGGGCAUCCUUCCCCCAAAGGAAGAGUGCCCCUCUCCCCAAGAGCCAUCAUUCCCAAGGACCUUGAUCUGGAGAAUGUGGGGGGACCAUGUCCCCAAAUUUCCCUAGAUCUCCCAAAUGCUACCCACCAGUCACUGGUGCCCCCCCCCCAAAGGAUAUAGCCGGAAUCUGCCUUUCCCCCACUCCCAUUUCAUUCCUUAUGCUGAAAGAGGACCAGGGUAGAUGCCCCCUGCCCUCAACCCCUGUCCCCAAUUAGGUCUCCCUCCCCUACUGCACAAUGGAUCAACCCUAAUGAAUUUCCCCAUCCCAAACACUAGAAUAGGCUGGUUUGAAAUCCUUCCCGCCCAGUAGAAUGAACUGAAUCAGAUACAUACCCCUGUCCACUGGAAUGGGCUGGUCCAGAUUGUGGCCUGUACCCCGCUCUCCUUAGGCAAAUAGGGCAGACACUCCUCCCUUCCUCUAGAGUAUGGGCCAGUCCACAUCAUUCCCCAUCCUGUGAACUCAUCUGAGUGGGAGGUGGUGGACAUGGGGUUUUCCUCCCACUCUGUUGUAGCACCUGUCUUUUCAUCUCUGUUGGUUUGUCUGUCUCUGUGUUCCUCUUAACCCCAAGGGGAAGGGGGGUUUGGCUACGGGGUUCCUCCUGUGAGCCUCAACCUUGCCCCUCAUCCCAUUCCCUAAUGUCUCCAGGAUCCCAAUAAACCUUGUCCUGUCAGUCAUUGCUGUCUCAUUUUCUGAUCCUUGGCUCCAGAGAGGUGGGAAUUUCUGUCCCUGAUUUACGAUGAGCUCCCUAAGUAGAGACAGAUCUUUCCUCCAUCCCUCCCUUCUGACAAAUGAGUCUCUUAGAUAGUGCAAGACCAUUAAAACAGAAAUGGCUUAAGUUUCAUCUAAAUGGAACUCCAUCCCUUAAAACACAAGAUCCACCUCCAAUGGACUGAACUUGCUCUGUAGAACCAGACAUGGCCUUUAGAAAUCAUCAAUCCCAUAAGACAUGCCCCCCUAAAAUCCAAAUGGUCUUAAAAGUCCUACCCCUAAGAAGAGACCUUAUAUCUUAGACUGCCUCCAGGUGGCCAAAUGUAGACCCCCUUGAUACGAUAGGAUUAUCCAACACUGUAUCCAACAUCAAGGGUAGGAUUCACCCAUCAGGGAAGGAGUCAGUGACUCCUGUCUUCUGGCACUAGAUCACAUUCCUGUACUGAGUACCUGAGUAUCUGUUCUGUGCCAGACAUCCUCUUGGGUGAUCCAACAGCAAAGAAAAGAACUUAUGCGGUUUAUAUUUUAGUGUUUGGGUAGUGGGGUGGAGAAAAGUAAUCCAAGAAAUGAAAGUCUUUUCGAGUGUUUCUGAGCAUGCUGAAGGAAGGGAGGAAAGAUGUUAAGAAAGUGAGUGACUCCGUGACUAUGUUGUCUUGUUCAUGUGUCCGGUGGACGUCUCUACAGAGGUGGCAUUUGAUCUGAAACCAGAAGGAUGCCUGGACAGCCACAGGAGAGGGAGGGAGGGAUGAACAGAGGUGGAGGGGUCAGGCCCUGCAGAGCAUGGUGGGCAAAGACAGGCAUUUGGCUGUGCUCUCCAGCACUGGGACACAAGAUUUUAACAUGGAGGCAUGUGACCCCUCUUGCACUUUACAAAGUUCCUUCUGGCUGCUGAGUGGAGAAGGAAGUGGAGACAGCAGGAGGCUACCUCAGUGCAGCAGGAGAAAUGCAUCAGUAGGGGCCUAGACCAGAGUGGUGAAGAGAAACGGAUGGAUUCAAGAUGAAUUCUGUAGGUGGAAUGUGUGUGUGUAACUGAAAGGGAGGAAUGAGGAGGGACUGGUUGGGUGGUAACACUUUGUAUCAAGGCCAGAAAAGGGGAAGAACAAGUUUGGAUAGGGGCUUAGGGGGAUCAAGAAUCCCAUUUUGAGGUCCUUAAACUUAAGAUGCCUGGGGGAUUGGCAUCGAUUAAUAAGGCUGAAUAUGUGCAUAUCCUUUGAUAACAGUGAUCCCACUGCUAGGCACAAACCCCAAAGAAUUUCCUUCACCUGCACUGGGAGACACAUUUAAAACAUUACCAGAAGUGACAGGUACAGCCUCAAACUCUGAACAGCUGAUAUGUCUUUGCUAUGGUCUGAAUGUCUAUGUUCCAUCAAAAUCUCUAUGUUGAAAUCCUAAGGCCCAAUGUGACAGUAUUUGGAGAAGGAGCUUUUGGGAGGUGCUUAAGGCCUGAGGGUGGAGUCCUAAUGCUUGGGAUCAAUGCCCAAACUUAAAAGGCCCCAGAGAGAUCCCUAGCACUUUCCACCACGUGAGAACACAGCAAGAAUGCACUGGCCAUAAACCCAGAAGAGGGCCUCCCCCAGAAGGCAAGCAUGCUGGUGCCUUGAUCUUGGACUGCCAGCCUCCAGAACUGGGAGCAAUAAAUUU